AUGAGAGCUGAGCUCCCCUCUAUCUUCAAAAUCAACACGAGCGCCUUUGUGCUGAAGGAUUCUCUUCUCUCUGCAGACUCUGUCGAUGACCUUUUCCUCGAGGUUUUAACUGAAAAGGGCGUGGGCAAAUUACCAAUCGUAUAUCUUAUUGAGUUGCACGAGCAGGCCAACCGAUCCACCCGAAUCAUGCCCAAGAAGGACCCUUUGUAUUCUCAGAAAUUAGCCAUUAUCCACAGCAUCGCUGACUUUUGUUCUUCUUAUGGUCUCAUUUGUUUCCAAAUCCCCGAUAUGAUUUUGGGGAAUGACUUGGAAAAAACCGUUGGUGUUUUUCUUGAUGAACAAUCCACGCAUGUUUUCUUGUUAGAGAUUAUUCGCAAAGCGGCAGAGCAAGAUUAUUUGCUUGACUUGUUGAAUCUUUUAUUCCCUUCCGUUUCUGUUCGUUUGGCAAAGAUCAACAUCCACAAGUCAGAGUACUCUCGCUAUUUAGCAUUCUGGGAAACUUUGGUAAACGUGAAAUCUGUUGCCGCCAUUUUUUCUCAGGUGAAUGGCUUUCUCCCUCCAGACGAAAAGGCCGGAAAAGAUUAUGAACACAAAACUCUUUUGGGUCCUCUUUUGCGCCUCAGUCCGCUUGAUGCCGAAGCAGCUUCAUUAUACUUUCUAGGUGGCAACAAGCCUGAUCAAGUACGCGAGUUCCAGAACUUUGAACUUGUAUCAGUGUUCGACAAUAUCCAGUCUGAAUACAAAGUCAUUUUCGAGCGUCUUUGGUUCAUCUUGGACAAGCUUAUCCGCGGAUCGCCUGAAACAAGAAAGGGCCUAAUGAGGUGGUUUGCCAACUUGAUCAACGUAUCACAUUUAAGAACUGGUUCUCAUUCCAAACCGUUCGACAAUGUUUCUGACGCAUUGAUGUACAAUGUUUCCUACUUGUUUGUGCGCUUGAGUCUACCUUUCUUGGACUACCCUGCGUACUCAAAAAUUUCUAAAAUCAGUCCGGACUUUUUUGGGCCCAUGAAUUCCUUGUUGGACAUUGACGAGGAAGCUAGACUCAACUCCACAAUCGAAGAGGCAAAAAAAUUUUAUGAAGGUGCUAUGCAAGAGGACGCCAAUUUUAUAUCCGAGUGCUUUUACCUCACUCUUGCAUAUGUACAAUACGGACUUGGGGGUGUGCCAACAAACUAUAAAAAGUACAACGACAUGAUCAAAAACUUGUCUCGCGCUAUCACAGACCCAAGCUUGACUGCUGUGCGGUCUAAGUAUGUCGAUAUGAUCAACAGAAUUAAGUGCCAGAAACAUGCCAUUGAAGCUUUAGUGAUGGCCUCGGGCGCAAAUCUGGAAUUCUUUGACUUUUUUGUUGGUGCCUUCCAGUUUUUCGGAAAAGUCAUUGAUCCCAAUCAUGCGUACCCUCAGCAAAAACUCCACAUUCCACUUUUCGAAAUCGAGCGGGUGAGUCAGUUGGACGAUCAUGAGUUUUUGAGAUCGAAAGCUCCAGAGCCUUGGAAAUACUAUCCGGAGUUUGUGGUGGAAGGAAUUGUGAACUUUUUCAAAUUUCUCUGUGGUUUUGGUGUCCCAGUGUCUCAGGACGAGGAGAAAAUGACCAUUUUUGCCGAAUUCACGACGAUUUUAUUGAGAUGUCCCGAGCUUGUGGGAAACCCGCAUUUGAAAGGGAGUAUCAUCGAGUGUUUCAUCUUGGCCAGUCACACUACGAUUUACGGCAAGCCUGGUCCAUUCACUCAUGUUUUCAACUCCAGUAAGCUUUUGAAAGAAAACCUCUUGUAUUCACUUUUGGAGGUUUACGUGACAAUUGAGAAAACGGGUGCAUCUUCGCAGUUUUACGAUAAAUUCAACAGCAGAUACAUCAUUUCCAAAAUCAUCGAGAAGUUGUGGGAAAAUGAUGCAUACAGACAGCAGUUGAGCAGCUAUUCGAAACACAAUGUCGACUUUUUUAUCCGCUUCAUUGCCCGUAUGUUGAACGAUACUACGUACUUGUUCGACGAAGCUUUUAAUACAUUGAACUCGAUCCACAAGUUCCAACGAGAGCUAAACUCUCGGGAACAAGGAAAUGAAGCAAAUGAAGAGGAAUUUGGCACUACAGAAGAGCUCGAAAAAAACCUUCAGGAGAACGAAAGACGUGCCAAGUCGCUCAUGGGUUUAGCUAACCAGACGAUGAUGUUAUUCAAGUUAUUCACGGAGCAAGUUCCUGAAGGUUUCACUAUCAACGAGCUUGUGGACCGCUUGGCCGGUAUGUUGGACUAUAACUUGAACUUGAUGGUUGGCCCUAAAUGUUCCGAGUUGAAAGUCAAAGAGCCCGAGAAGUAUGAUUUUGACCCGAAACGCACCUUAGGUGAUCUUUGUGUUGUCUACUGCAAUUUGAGUAAGGAAGAGAAGUUUGUGCAAGCUGUUGCACGAGACGGGCGGUCGUUUGAUUUCAAAUAUUUCGAAAAGGCCCGUGACAUUUUGUUGCGCAAGACUCACAUCCAAAACAACUUGGUUGAGAAGUUCUUUCAAUUGGGUCAGCGGGCGGAUGAACAGCGUCGCUUGUACGAGCAAGAGGAGUUGGAGUUAGGUGAUGUGCCAGACGAGUUUUUGGAUCCGUUGAUGUACACUUUGAUGGAAGAUCCUGUGAUUUUACCAGGAUCAAAGGUUACUAUUGAUCGGUCCACAUUGAAGGCGCAUUUAUUAAGUGACCCAACCGAUCCGUUCAACAGAAUGCCUUUGAAGCUCGAAGAUGUGGUGGAUGAUGUGGAAAUGCGUGAGAAAAUUGCUCAGUUCAAGCAAAGCAGAAAGCUGUGA